AUGGACUGGACAAGCUACAAUGGGAAUUAUGGCCACAUCGUGGGUAUCCCUGCUCGCGUGCUCGAGCGAGAUGAAGAACGACGUGCUAUCUUCAUGAACCAUAUCGCCGAGACAGCUUUGGACCCGGAAAUGCUGAUGUUUGGUGACGAGCGUGAAGCUGCGAAAGAUAAAAGGACACUGAUUCGUCGAUUUGGCGAAAAUUGGAACAGGCAGUUGAAGUGUACCGUCCCUUCUCAUAUCCCCCUGAAUUUCCAUCGUCUAUCACACCUGAGUGCUGAGCCUUGGUCUUCACUAUCCGACUACCCCCAUCCCACAACAUCCGUGUCUUUCUCGUCCAACACUUCCUCGCAUGAUUCAAAUUGCCCUGUGAAAGGCGGAAUACUGUUGGAGCGCUUGAAUGAGAUGCUGGGCAGAGGUUCGAGAAGCCCGACUGGAACGCGCGUGUACUUUGUCAUGGAGUACGUUAGUGGAGGUGACCUCAUGUUGCACAUCCAACGCGAACAAUUCUCGCUUCGUCAAGCCAAGUUUUACGCGUCGGAGGUCCUUCUUGCUUUGGACUUGAUUAAUAUGUGGUAUGGCUCAACCACGAGCACGUUCUGCGGUACUCCUGAGUUUAUGGCUCCCGAAAUUCUCCUGGAACAACGAUACGGCCGCGCCGUAGAUUGGUGGGCGUUUGGUGUCUUGACGUAUGAGAUGUUGCUUGGACAAUCACCUUUCCGUGGUGAUGACAAAGAUGAAAUCUUUGAUGCCAUCCUGGAGGAUGAACCUCUAUAUCCCAUCACCAUGCCGAGAGAUGCUGUUUCCAUCUUGCAACAGCUGUUGGCUCAUGAUCCCACCCGACAUUUGGGAUCUGGGAAAGCUGAUGCCAAGGAGAUCCGAGUUAAGAGACAUCCCUUCUUCAAGGAUGUGAGCUUUGAUGAUGUCUUGAACAAACACAUCCCACCGCUGUACUUCUCCACUAUAGUAAACCCUGAUGUUUUAAGGAAAGGGAACAAUGUUGAUUUCAUUUGUUUCUUCUCGAUAGAUUGGUUGAAGUUUACUGCUUCAUGA